AUGGCAGCCCGCGUCGUGGGGCGGGAGGACUCCUCGUCGUCGCCGCCCUGCGCGCUGCCUAAUGCCAUCUCGUCUGCGCUGCGCGAGCGCCACAACCUCGCGGAACGAGAAGAGUCCGACGCCAUGGACGGCGGCAGCGCCUUGACGCGCGCGCCGGCGGAGACGCCUCCAGGCGCGCUGGUUGACAGUCCGCUCGCGAGUUCGGAGAGCGAGAAGGCGCGGCGGAAGCUCUCGACUGCCUCCUUCGCAGGUAUGCGGAAGAACUCGUUGUUCAACCGCGGCGACAGAGAGAAAAGACGCGCAGAAGAUGCGGACGUGGGCGUCACGUUUCUCUUCGAGGCCGCGCAUGACGGCGGCUCCGGCGCCGUCGUCAGCCAACGCGUCAAACAACUUCUCGCUGAUGUCGACACCGAGGAAGCCCUAGCAAAGCUCGCCGAAGGCUCCUUUCUGCUCAAGUGGUGCAAAAAGAACUUCAAAAAGCCGCACGAACGCUUCUUCUUCGUGGACGCGCGCGCGAUGGCGCUCAAGUGGAAGUCGCCCAGAAAACAGGAGUCCUUCACGACGAUUCCCGUGUGCGAGGUCCAACGAAUCAUUCCGGGCGAAGAUACCGACUUCGGUCGAAAUAAAUCCGAGAAGGCGCUCAGCAUCGAAAUCGUCACCCGGGCGCGCGUGCUACACAUCGCCUGCCACGAUGAGAAAGAGUGGAAGCUGUGGAUGAAGGGCCUUUUGCUAUAUCACGACAUUGCGCUGGGGCAGCUCGCGAAUCGCGGCGCGUCGGACUUCAUUUCUCUCCAAUGGCACACGGCACAGAAAGACGCGGACGGUAAGAUUGAUCAUCGCCAUCUGCACCAGCUGCUCAAGAAACUGAACACGCGAGCAGACAGCCGCUACGUCGAGGAGCUUUUCUUGAAGCACGAUACGGAGAACUGCGGCCGGUUGGGAUUCACCGAGUUUCGCGAGCUCCUCAAUGAGCUUCUGAUACGCCCAGACGUCGAUUACUACUUUGCAGUCUACAAGGUGCCGCAGGAGGACUACAUAGACGAAGAAGGUUUCCGCAGGUUCCUGCGAGAAGUGCAGAAAGUGACGUCAGACGAAGACCUUGAGGAGGAGCUCACGAACUUCCGCAACGCAGACGAAGCGUUCCGGAAGCCGGGGCCGAACGUGAUGCUCACGGCGCUCGGGUUGGGCAGUCUGCUGUGCUCGGAGGCGAACAAGCUGAUGGCGCCCCUGCGACAGAAAGUUCAUCAGGACAUGUCGCUCCCCCUCUGCAACUACUGGGUAAAGUCGUCGCACAACACGUACCUCUGCGGAGACCAGGUCGUCGGCCGUUCAGCGGUUGGGCAGUAUAUCGACGCGCUCCUCCGCGGCUGUCGCUGCGUGGAGCUUGACUGUUGGGACGGCAGCGACGGCGAGCCUUCGCUUUUUCACGGCGUCGGCGGCUACCAGCUCACGAGUCGCAUCAAGUUCAAGGAUGUCAUUCAGGCCUGCAGAGACUACGGCUUCCAGAGGUCAAAGUUCCCGAUUAUUCUAUCGCUGGAGAUGCAUUGCAGCACGAACCAACGCAUACGGAUUGCGCAGAUCCUCGAUGAGAUCCUCCAAGACCAAAUUUACCGCUGCACGCCGACGAGUUCGCAGCCGUCGCCUGAGCAGCUUCUGGGCAAGUUCAUUCUGAAGGGGAAGGUGCCCAACGAGCGCGGCGAGAUGGUUGAGGAGGGCGACGAAGAGGAUCUUCAACUUGAGGAGAUGGAGUUGCGUAUGGCGAAGUCGCUCGAGUUGCUGGGCGACGGAGCCGCAGAUCCCUGUGAGGACGACAUUUCGACUUCGUUUCUACACGCUCUCGAGCCUGCGCAGCCUUCCGCGUUCGUUGGGACGACGGGUUCCUCGGUGUCGCGGCUGUCGCAGACGUCCUCCUUCUCUUCGCUUGCCAACGUCGAGGGCGGAGAGGGCUCGUUGCGGCUCGUCGCAGCCUCCUCGCCCGCGCCCUCGCACAGCGGCGGCGAACUCUUGCCGGCCGCGAGAGCCAAGCGCGGGACAGAGCUCAGACAGGGGACUUCCACGUCACUCGAGGACAUCCACGAGAGCGCCUCGGGGUAUUCUGUCUUCUCGCACGACUCCAGCGCCUGCCGCCGCAGCAACAGCUUCGCCGCCGGCGCCCACGCCUCCUCCGCCUCCUCCUCUUCCCCCGCCGCCGCACGUGAGGGGGCCGACGGCGGGCCGCCCCAGGCCCUGGACGAGGCCCGCGGCCCUGCCGAUGCGCCCGACGCGCCCGACGCAGCGGAAGCGAGCGAGCAGGGCGACGGCCGGCGGGUGUCGCGCCUCGGGUGGCGGCGCGCGCGGACUCUGGAGCGCCUGAGUGAAGGCGACAUCUGCAGAGACGCACGCGGGGCCCGGCGCCCCGGGGGGAGUGAGGCGGAGACAGACGAGGCGGCGCUGUCAUCCCGGAGUGCGCGGCGCGGCCGAGUGCCGCCAGGCUCUGCGAGUGCAGCCAGCGUCAGCGACGCCAAGAGCGACAAACUGAAAUACUACUACCGCAACAUCGCGAUGCGAGGGAAGAAGCUGAAAGGAUUUGAUCAACCGCGAAACCCAAUGGACAUCUGUAGCAUGCCUGAGUCGCGCCUGCUGAAGCUCGUGAAGCAGUCGCCGGUGGAGUUCGCUCGAUUCAAUCAAAAAUAUCUCACGCGCGUCUAUCCCGCCGGGACUCGCCUCGCGAGCAGCAACUUCUGCCCGGUCCUGCCGUGGCUCUACGGCGCGCAGGUCGUCGCGUUGAAUCUCCAGUCUCUAGGCAGCGCCACGAUCCUCAACGAAGGCAGAUUUCUUGAGAACGGCGGACCUGCGGGCGGAUACGUGUUGAAGCCCGCGAUGCUGCGCGACCCUCAGCGGCCGUUCACGCCCUCGCUUAGCGAGUUGAGCUCCUGCGCCGAGACCCCUGUCCACCUCACCAUCAAGGUGUUGUCGGCGCACCAGCUGCCGCGGCCUGUGGCGGACAUCUGGAAGGGCCCCUCGAGCAUGCACAAGAUCAAAGCUCGCAAAAACACGGACUUCUCUUGCCCGUUCGUCUCGGUGUCCGUCCACGGCCUCAAAGAGGAUACAAGGUCUUUCCGGACGCCUACGGUAAUGAACAACGGCUUCAAUCCUCGUUGGUCGUCGCCGGACGCCACCUUCGAGUUUGUUGUUCACGCGCCCUCUGUCGCGCUGCUCAUGUUCAAAGUCCAAACGGCAGAUCCUGUGCGCAGCGAGUUCCUCGCCGCAGCCUGCUUUCCGCUCGACGCGAUUCGGCAGGGAGUUCGUUGGGUACCUUUGUUCGAUCGGAAGUUCUGUCUGCUGCGGUGGAGUGGACUCCUCGUCUACUGCCGCGUGGUGCCUCUCGAGCGCGACGAAGCCACAAACACCUGGAACCCGGCAACGAAGGCUGGCGACGAAACUGCGCCUCCACCCCCGGGGCUGUUGCCCUGA